AUGGACUCGGUUCAGACAAAGCAAGUGCCUUGUGAUUAUCAUUGCCUUCAGACAAAGAAGACUGCACGUCUGAGAUAUCAGCACAUGAAAGAUCUUUCGACUCGAUUAACCAUGCAGUGCGGGUUAAACCUGUUUCGGGACAUCGGGAACCCACUGAUCGGGAAAGAAACUGCAAACAUGAAGGUCUCAACAUCAGUUGUGCUGGACACAACUUCUAGAGCACUCCAACACAUUGGACGCCAUGCCGGAAAGCAAACAAACCGUCAUUAUGGUCCCAGGAUCAGAGACCUGGCAGACGGCAACUUGCCCCUUAGCAAUCUCAGACUUCAACCUCAUGGAAAUGGCACCUUCAAGAAUCUCACAUCCUCCAACGUGGCAGGAAACAGUACCGAUUCCAAUAACACCACUCCAUUCUACACAGGAUUGCACGGCGUCAAUCUACAGAUGGAUUCUCGGCUAGUCAAAAUGCUCUGGCUGUCGAUACUGAUCGCCGUCGCCGUCGUGUUCGUUCUACGGCUGGCCCAGCUAUUCGUGUCCUACAUCAGGAACAUCUACUGUAUGACCGCAACACCGUCACAGCAGAAAUACUACACCGUCGACCGGCUUUGGAUAUGGCCGUGGCUAAAGAAGCACGUUGUCUUUGCCCCUCUGUUCAAGAAACGCCAUAACCGAGAAUUGCAGAUGUCAAGUGCGGUCAACUACGGCACCUUGCCAGGGCGCAUCCACUUUUUGCUACUCACCAUUUACGCUGUAUCGAAUCUGGUGUAUUGCCUGCUUCUGGACUGGCAAGCACCCGAGAAAGGUGCACUAUUUGCCGAACUGCGAGGCCGAAGUGGCAUCUUGGCCACGGUCAACCUGAUUCCACUUGUGGUUCUGGCAGCAAGAAACAACAUUGCAAUACCGACUCUCAGGGUAAGCUAUGACACUUUCAACCUCUUUCACCGCUGGAUUGGAAGGAUCGUGGCGAUUGAGACCACCAUCCACUUCUUCGCAUGGAUGGCCGCCUACAUACUCGCCAAAGGGGAUGAUGCAACCCCUAAGAUAUUCAACCACAACGCAUUUCUCCAAUUCGGCUUGGUUGGUAUGGUUGCCAUCGUCAUCUUGCCGUUUCAUUCCCUCUCGCCCAUCCGGCAUGCCUUCUACGAGACGUUUUUGCACCUCCACCAGUCCCUAGCUUUCAUGGCACUUUUAGGAGUCUACGUCCACCUGGAUUUGAAAAAGUUGCCUGCCUAUCCUUCCAUACUAGCAGCGGUACUCCUGUGGAUUAUUGAACGACUCUGGCGCCUAGGCAGACUGGCCUACCUGAAUUACUCUCGGGAUGGCGGUAUCACUACAGUUUUCGUCGAGGCACUUCCCGGCGAAGCGUGCCGAGUCACCUUUCAGUUACCACGGCAUAUCACGAUCCGGCCGGGCAGUCAUGUCUAUGCGUACAUUCCAGCGGUAUCGCUGUGGAUGUCGCACCCUUUUUCCGUGGCAUGGACCAACGUUGUAUCCGAGCCACCUGUUGCUCGGUCUCCUUUACUGAUGAAACCUUUGACUCCAAAUACAGCUGAGAGACAGUCUUCUGGUCGGAGAUUCUCUGUUUCCAAAGCGCCUACCAGUGUCUCGCUCAUCAUGGUGGCUCGCACGGGCAUGACCAGACAGCUUUACCAAAUGGCCCGAGACAGUCCUGAGGCCAAGCUCCAUCUCAAUGGAUUUCUCGAAGGCCCCUACGCUGGCCAUGACUCACUUGCAAGCUAUGGCACAGUGAUCAUGUUUGCCGGAGGAGGCGGGAUCACUCACCACCUCGUACAAAUCAGACAUCUGCUGGCAGGUGCCCAGGCACAGACUGUGGCCACACGGCGAAUCAUUUUGGUCUGGUCGGUGCGAGAUGUUGAGGCAAUGGAAUGGGUCAAACCGUGGAUGACAGAGAUUCUACAUAUGGAAGGCCGAAGAGAGAUCUUGAAGAUCAUGGUCUACGUCAGCAAACCCAGCCUUCCUAUCAAUCCGAAGAAGAACAAGCCUACGUUGCAGCUCAUUCAAGGACGGGUAGACCCUGGGACCAUCUUGAAUGAAGUGAUACCUGCCAGGAUUGGUGCGACCAUGGUCAGCGUUUGCGGGCCUGGUGCAUUGGCAGAUGAGGUCAGAGCGGCCGUGCGUAAGAGGAUGCACAAGGCCAAUAUGGACAUGAACGAAGAGAGCUUCACUUGGUGA